GUGUGCCUUUCCUUCUGACGGCAGCGUACGCGGCAGUGAGAGGAGCUGUCUCGACACUGGCUCACAACUGCUGGAUGCAAGAGGACAUUUUCCAGUGGAUCAUAGCGGCUCCUGUUGCGGCUUCAGUGAUUAUAAACAUUUGCAUCCUUGUGAACCUAGUCCGGUUGCUGAUGACCAAACUGAGGCAAGUUCCAAACGUCAACGAGAACAGGAAAGCUGCCAAGGCCACACUGAUUCUGGUGCCUCUGUUCGGUCUUCAGUUCCUCAUACUCCCAGUGAGACCAGAGCUGGACUCCGUGUUGUACCCGUUUUACUUGCACUUCAUGUCGCUCGUCAUGUCCUUGCAGGGAACAUUGGUUGCAAUCAUAUUCUGUUUCUGUAACGGUGAGGUGAAAUCUCUCAUUCUCCGGAAGUGGCAGCAGCACAAACUGAUGACGGGACACACCAGGAAAAAUACCGGCCUGACUUCCUCCACAAUAAUGGACGGCUACUCUGUCAUUGAAAACACACGUGAGGGAACGAUUCAAGUUUCAAAGUCUACACACGAUCAGCACCACGAAGACAGAGAAGAGAUAGAACUAAGAGCUGUUCCUGUGGUGACGACUCCAUUAGUGGAGAAGGACCAGAUGAACGAGACGAGCAUCGCCCAGACCGACGACUGCACAUGA